AUCGAGGGGCCGAGUCCGAGGAGUGACUUGGAGCACCUUAUCAUGGUGCCGGGGCAUUCGGUUUGGACUGGACCGUCCACUGCGGUUGCUGGUGAUGGUAGCGAUGCCCAGCUUGGGACGACGGACGAGGAGUGGGCGCUUGAGUCCUUCCAGCUCGGGCAGGAUAGCGGGUCCACGUUCCUGUCACAUAUCGAGAAGGCAAUUGAGGUUCUGAAAGUCGAUAAAAAUGCGCUAUUGGUCUUUUCUGGGGGACAGACGCGGACAUCGACAGCUGGCGUGAAGACUGAAGCGGGGAGUUAUUACGCAUUGGCUGAGGCACGUGGGUUGUUGAAGGGAAUCGAGGACCGUGUCACGACAGAGGAUUACGCUCUUGACUCAGGGCAGAACGUUGCAUUCAGUGUUUGUCGAUUCAACGAAAUCACCGGUGCAUAUCCAACGCACAUGACCGUCGUCGGCCACGCCUUUAAAGCCGAACGGUUUGGGUCCGUGCAUCGUAUUGCCCUUGGUAUCCCGGAAGACGACUUCACGUACAUCGGAGUCGAACCAUUUGGUGGUGAUCCGGUCCAGAUGGAGGACGGUGAGGAACGGACAUUGAAGGCGUGGAAGACUAAGGAAGGGGGAUGUGCGAAAGAGUUGGUGGAAAAGAGAAAGAAGAGAAAUGGAGGGAGGAGAAGGCAUGGGUAUGAACUUACG